AGAGUGAAAUGCGAAACUCUUCCCAGAGCUUGUGAUCACAGCAUCCGUACAGACAAAGCCAGACUCGCCCGCUCCUUUAACUCCAGGAUUAGAACCUCCAGGUCAAACAUGGACGGCGCCCGAACCCCCUCCAACACGCUGGUGCUUGUGUUUAAAGAAGAUCACGCACUGACAGAGAUGAUGCGUCUCCGUGUGUCCUCCCUGCAGCGCUUGGGGCAGAAGCGCCAGGAGGGCGAGCGCCUGCUCCUCUCCCACGAGGCCAUUUACCGGCUGGACUUUCCCAGCCAGGAGCUGAGCUUCUCCCGCUGGUACUUCUCCCUCGCCGCCCAUGGCCGCGUCACCAUCACCGGCAUCUCUCAGCACUGGACACCCGACCUCACCCACCUGAUGACCCGUCAGCUCCUGGAGCCCAUCGGCACAUUUUGGCGGAACGCCGAGGACCCGGAGGAUUCUCCGCUCAAAUGGCUUGAGGCAGACAUGCAGGAGUUUGGGGAGAGGAUCGCAGAGCUGGCCAAGGUCAGGAAGGUCAUGUACUUCCUGCUCGCUUUCAAGGAUAGCGCGGAGGCCGCCAACCUCAGCUGCUCGGUGGAGUUCACACUCGACAAAUGACCCUUAACCGUUAUUGAGUAGAAUAUUUUUAGCGCAAUAUUUGUGUUUAAUCUUUCCCCUUUAGAAAAGAACAAUUGGAGCUGAAAUAAAAACUUUGGAUCUGGAAAUCAAAGAAAGACAUAAGCUUCCCAUUUUCUCUAAAAAACCUUUGCCCAUUUCUUAAAGUGAAAGUUUAAUAGUAAAACAAUAAUAGUUUUACCUUCAUUGAGCACAAUUUAUUUAAAACGGUUGCUUUCCUUUCUAAACUGCACAAAGAGCAAAUGUUUAACAGCAUCCCAAUAGCCUAAAGUAGGGCCAAUACCAGUACUUCUUCAUGGAAAUCAUUUUUUCUCCCAAACUAGCCUUAAAAAAGCCUCAUUGUUGCGUGAACAUUAGCUAGACACAAGAGGAGACUAAUAUAAUAUAAUGUUAGAGAAGAAGACAUUUUUGGAGGGGACGUCCUCACCCAAACAGGCGGAAAGGGUUUUGUGAUUAAUUUGGCUCAGCUCGAUAUUGUAAUUAUUGUCUAGUUGUUUGCCAUUUCUGUUCUGUUUUCUAAAUCUUGUUUUUCGGAGGCAGCCACCGUAGACACAGAACAAAGCAGUAGCGAAAGGAAUACAACAUUCAUACAACACAGAUCAAUGGAGUGAAAUCCAUUAAAGAUCGACUGAAAGCUGUCUGUGCCUCUCAUUGGUGCCGGUUGUUCAUGUUGUUGCUGGAAAGAGGAAGGAGGCAGGGCGGUACAGGAGGAGGGGAGGA